UGUUUAGCUUUAGAUUAUGCUUGUGCUUACUUGUGCUGUGCGUUGCGGACGAGUCAGAGUUAAUUAAAUUCCUUUAAUCGGUUAUGUAUGGAGUAAAACCUCUUAUUGAAGUGCUUUCUCAGCCGCCGUGGAAUAAUUUUGACCCCUCAUAUUUUGCAUAAUCGACAGCAUUGCGCCAGGGGUGUUAAUGUUUUGGGUCUAACCUCAGCAUAUUUUUUCUGACCAUGGAAAGCGACGAACUCGGUAAUGAGCUCGUCCGAUUAGAUGGAGGCUUCUUGGUCGACGAGGAGACUUAUGUUGUUAAUUCCGACGAUGUACUCGAUCAAGAAGAGAAUAAUUCAGACUCUUGCAUGGGCAAGCAUGCACCACUUAGGGAGCAGGACAGGUUUUUACCCAUAGCCAACAUUGCAAAGAUUAUGAAAAGAGCCAUACCUGAAAACGGAAAGAUUGCUAAAGAUGCCCGGGAAUGUGUCCAAGAAUGCAUCUCAGAGUUUAUUUCGUUUGUCACGAGUGAAGCAAGUGACCGUUGCCAGGUGGAGAAGAGAAAGACCAUCAACGGAGAGGAUGUCCUGUUUGCUAUGAACACGCUGGGUUUUGACAACUAUGUUGAGCCGCUGAAGUUAUAUUUGAAGAAAUAUAGAGAAAUUGUUCUUUCUCCAGUAACAAUACAGAAAAUUAACAAAACCAUAGUACUGUAUGAAGAUGGAAUACCGGACCAAGCAGAGAAUGACAAUGAGUCACAGACUGAGACAACAGUGAUAUACACAUCAUAUCCCAAAGGAAUGGACGAGUUCACACUCGGAUGAGACAUGAAAACUCAACCUAUCAAGUUAGCUAAAGACCAUGUGGACAUUGUUAGAAAAUAUUGAGUAUACUGUUCAGAUUAUCAACAUCUUUGUAUGCCAAUAUUCCAUAAAUAUAUUUUAAUUUAUUGUCUGAGGCAUGUUAAUAUGUUUCAAACAUUGACAUUGGAAGGUGUUGUAAAUUCAACAAUACACUACAAAAGUGGUACCUAGUUUAACAAUGUUUUAGAUAAUAUGAAAGUAGCAUAGAUAUCCAUAAAAAUAACACAAGUAGUGAUAUCAAUACAGUCAGCGCCGGCCUGAGCACUCAAUCAGGGUAGAGUGAAAUGGAGUUAUGGCGCUUUUGGUUACCUUUUUUUACCAAACUCUCAAACUGCUGCUUUUUUAUCGUUUGCCAUUUUGGCGCCCCUUCACUCGCUCUACCCUAGAUCCGGCCCUGAAUAAUUGAAUACAGUUACCCUAAAAACAUUGCCAACUAGAAUCUUUUUACACAGUUUUUUUAUAUAUUUUUCAUCUUUACAGGUAAGUGGAACUGCGAUGAUGUUUGAUAAUGAUAACCAUGUAAAGAUGAUUAUAGGGCAUAGUAAUCCGAAUAAUAGUUUAUAGGUGAGUUUUUAUUUUAUUAUGCUGAUUAUUCUGUACUUAGCAUAAAUAUUCAAAAACAUUAUUUUUUAUCACGAAUGAGAUUUAUCAAACAAUUUAAAUCACAUCCAAAUUCCGGAAUUUACGACAUGGUACAGUAAAUCGUAUGUUUAAUAUUUCUACUGCUGUAAUUAGGUACCUAUUAAUAUUCAAUAUCUAACACUCUUAGUUUUACCUGCGGAUAUGCUUUCUUACUUAAUCCUUUAACCGCCGUAGUCCGAUAUAAAGACAAAAAAUGUCCAGUCCAUUUCGCCAAAGGCUGAUGAAUAAGACAAUUCUUCGUAUACUUAGUACUGCCCUCGACGAUACGAACAAGGAUCGGGGCAAAAAUCGAUGCGGUUAAACUCCGACCGCUUCAAAAUAAUUGUUUCAAUCAUUUUAUCACUUCCAUUAUGAUUCAGAAAUAUAUUUUAUGUAAUAGUAGGUACCUAAAACUUUCAUUUUCUUUAAUUUGAUUAUACCUAAUAAAGGAAAUACUACUUUUUUUAUCACGCACAUACUAUAAUUUCACAAACUGAGUCAGUUGAGUUGCUUGAGUUUGUGACACUUUAAUGACUUCCAUCAAAUGUUUUCUAUAGUAAGGUGUACUGGGUAAUUCCGAACGUCGAAAACCGUCGGAAAAUUCCGAAAUUCAAUUGAUAAUCAUCCGUGAUUCAAUAGUAAUAAGGGUCCGUUUUCGGAAUUUGCCGACGGUUUUCGACGUUCGGAAUUACCCGAGUACACCUUACCAUAAUUAAUAUCACUCAAACAUUUUGUAGUAACUGUUAGUGACUUUAAGCUACAAUAGAGCCUUACUAAUCUGCAGGCGUAGCACAUUAGUGGGAUAAACAUUAUCGCAUCGGUGCGUCCCUAUCGCACUUACAAAUAGUGCGAAAAGAACGGCCUGACGUUAUAUCGUUUAUUACGUGUCAAUGCUUGCCUGCCUGGAGUACCUGACCUGCAGGAUACGCAUUCUAACGAAAACAGGUCUUGAGAAAAGGACUAACUUCACUUAGUUAUGAGCGUAUAGCGUAUGCAAAAGCAAGCAAACAGAAAGUUUUUGUAAGUUUAUUUUAUCUGCUAAUCAAGAACCGAAUUUAUUUAUUUUCAAAACAUGUUAAUAUCACGUAAAAAUAACUUGACGAUUUGUUUUAUGUACUGUAAACAAUACACUUACUCUGCCAUAUAUCUGCCUCUCCAGUCCAGAUUAGCAAGGUUUUACAGUAAUAACUAGAUAAAUGAGCUGCCUUAACAAUAAGCGUUAGUCGUAAUUUAUGUGAAUCUGGCUAUUUUUAUUUACGAACGUAAUUCCCGAUAAGAUUUUUAUUUAAUAUAGAAAUAGACAUUGUAUUGUGGC